AUGGUAGGUUAUCGCGUACAAAACAAAGAGUCUUUCAACCCUGAUUAUAGUUGUCCAUGUUGUUCAUUGAUAUUGCGAGAUCCUGUACAAUUAAUAGAUUGUGGCCAUAGAAUUUGUCAGUCAUGUGCAAAUGAACAAGAAGGCGACAUAAUUACAUGUUCUGAGUGUCACGAGAAAACAAAUCGAAAUAAAUUAUUAAUCGAUCGAGGUUUUAAAAAUGAUAUGCAGAUAUUACCAGUUGUGUGUUCACUUUGUAAUUGGACUGGUAUAUUGAAUAUCUAUCAAAAUCAUCUUGAUCAAAAUCAUCAAAAUCCGACAUGUGAUUCUUGUGGUCAAAAAUUUAGUUCAGUAAAUAAUCUUGAUCGACAUAUACAAUACGAUUGUGAAAAAACCACUGUAGAUUGUCUAUUAAAACAAUUUGGAUGUCAAGAAAUGAUUCUUCAAAUAAAUCUUUCUAAACAUUAUCUUAGUGAACAACAUCAACAUGUUUUAAUGAAUGUUGUUCGUCACUUGAAAUCAAUAUCAUCAAAUGAUAUAUAUAAACAUCUUCAGAUUCCAUCAGAGACGACAAUUAAUCAUCGUCAACGCACAGAUAAUGAAACGAUUCAAUUACAAGAGAUCGAUGAAAUAAUUAAAGUUCUAUUAGAUGGUGUUGAAACAUUAAAUGAUGAUUUACAACGUCUCAGUAAUGAAUCUGUUCAUCAUAAAAAUCUACUCGAUUCUUUGACACCAAACUUAUCGACACUAAAAAUAUCUAUGGAAGAACAAAAUAGGUAUUUAGAUGGCAUCAAAAUUAAUCAAGAAGUUCUUCAACAAGAUAUUGAAUCAAUGACACAAAAACUUAACGAUAUGAAAACGAGUUCUUAUGAUGGAACCCUUAUGUGGAAAAUAAUCAAUGUACAAGAAAAAAUGGGUCAGCAAUUAAGAAAUUAUUAA